GCUCGGACGGAUGCUAUGCUGAGGGGGUCGGCUGUUGCUCCAGCCCCACCAGGCCACAAGUGGCACUUUCACUGUUCUGUUGGGGUGGACUGCAGCAACCCUGAACCUCGCUGCAUUUGGCUGGCAGUUCUCCGGGGCGUCUCCGCUAACAGUCCCUCCCUUCCAGCACCAGUCACACCAACAAGAAGAUCCAGGAUUAUAAAUCGCCAUCGCUUGUCUUGGGCUAGAAGCCGGAACGAUGGGAUGGUGUCACCGGAUAAAAACAGGUGUAACCUGCCGCCGUCCGGUGAGGUGGAGGCCGUGCCAUCGAAGGGUCCGCGGACCGUCGUUCUCCAAAAGAACUCGCAGGGUUUCGGCUUCACUCUGCGCCACUUCAUUGUGUACCCACCAGAGUCGGCCCUCCAGAGCCUCAAGGAUGAAGAAAACGGUAACUUACCAGGAAAAGCGGAGAGUCAGCGAUCCUGCUUGGAGCCGAUGGACACCAUUUUUGUGAAAAGUGUCAAAGAAAACGGGCCGGCUCAGCAAGCUGGAAUGUGUACCGGAGAUCGACUGGUGAAGGUGAACGGGGAGAGCAUUCUGGGGAAAACCUAUUCUCAGGUUAUCACACUCAUCCAAAACAGUGAGAAGCAGCUGGAGCUGACCAUUAUGCCAAAAGAUGAGGAUGUGUUGCAGUUGGUAAGUGUAUAUUCCCAGAAUGUCAACUCCAAAGAGGCUAAGCUGCACUCAAGUGAGGCCCACCACUUCCCAGAAGCUCUGCGUCUCUGCAACCCGAGCUGCGCUCUGCAGCAGCCUGCUUCCAGCCUUCCAGGUCCUCUGGACAACUGGCCGUGCAAAGGCAGCAGCACCGCCUCACUGGACAACAAACCCUCUGCUACCUCCACCUCUGGCCGACCCCAAGUCCCACAGGAUACCAGCAGUCACGUGGCUCCGCCAUGGCGACACCAGGGCCACGUUUCGGCAUCCCUUAACGCAUUUGACUUCCAUUUUGCUAACCACAAUGCUGCCAUCACCUCUGCGACGCUGCCUCCACCUCGGAGGAGAAGUCUGCUGGCCUCGUCACGCGUUCACAGUGACGCACUCUGCCAACAGGCUCUGUCCGACUGGUACCACACCCAAGCUGAGGCUGCAGAGCACUUCUCCCCCUGUCACCGCAGUGUAUCGCAGGACUACUUAGCCGAGCAAGAGCUAGGUUUGCCAUCCGGUCCCAGAUUUGCGGCUGGCCCUACAACCUCCCUCCUGCAACACCGGGCAGCAGCCGCAGUGCAUGACGCCUACUGGCUGGGUGGCUGGGGUGGAGCGUCUGAGGCCGCCAGCAAAUCGUGCUCGGAGAGUCUGCUGGCAGCUUACGCCGAAUACGAACACAACUAUGGACGCUCUGUGGAAACACUGGCUGAGGCCUCCGCUCUGGUCUCACAACAUUACGAACAGACAAGCAAAAGAGUGCAGAGGAAGCAGACAGCUCCAGGAGGACACGAACACGUAACCGCGGUGACCACCGCAGUGACCACCACAGUCACAGCUUCCUCCAGCGCUUCCAGUCAGCAGGUGGCUGAGCCCCAAACACGACGCCUAAAAGGAGAAGAGCUGGUGGGAUACAAAAGCUACAGCCCCUCUUUUUACCGCAAAGAGGGACAUCUCCUCCAACAGUCCCACUCCUUCAGAGACCCCAGUUACAGGGGCCCUCAUAUGAACUGGGGGUCCGGCACCGGAAGAGACAGCAAUGGGGGAAAAUUGUCUCAUCUGCAGUCGCCCAGCACAGCAUUGGCUUUGGACAAGAAAACGGACACAUUGAGGGAGGACAGAGAGGUUGCCUCUUCUGUGUCCCCAACUCAAAGGCCCCCAUUUACGCGUCAGGCUGGUUCCACACAUACAGAGUCGCUGCAACCAUCAGCUUGGACUCCUGCGGCAGGAAAAACUCCAGUCCAACCAGACACAGGGUCCAGCCGCAGGGUCAAUGGUAGCCUGGCCCAUGCUUUUAAUUCCCUGUCCUCCAUUCCUUUCAUAGAUGACCCUGUCAGUCCCAGUGCCGACCGCCAGGCCUGCUGUGUACCCGCUCACUCCGAGUCCAGCAACCACGCCUCCGCUGCGGCCAGCAUCACCUUCACCUCUGUGUCCCCCCCACCCUCCAUCUCCCCCCCUGUACAACUGCGCUCUCACGACUUCAGAAGCAUUAAAGGUCGCCGCUCCUCGUACCUGCUGGCCAUCACCACGGAGCGAUCCAAGUCCUGCGACGAGGGACUCAACACCUACAGGGAGGAGGGCCGCGUCAUGUCAAAAUUACCAAAAAGAGUGAAGAGCUUCUUUGCUGAGGGGUCUUUGGACAGUUUGCGAGCGCAGGAGGACGCCCGCUCCAAACGCCACUCUACAUCAGAGCUGGGCACCAUUACCUUCAGCGAUGUUCGCAAGGAGGGCUGGCUGCACUACAAGCAGAUCCUCACCGAGAAGGGAAAGAAGGUGGGAGGCAGCAUGCGGCCUUGGAAACGUGCCUUCAGCGUCCUCCGCCAUCACUCGCUCUUCCUUUACAAAGACAAGCGGGAGGCUGUGCUGCACGCCGCGGGGGCCGGCGGCAGCCAGGACGAACACCCGCCCGUCAACAUCCGAGGCUGCCUGAUCGACAUCGCCUACAGCGAGACAAAGCGAAAGAACACCCUGAGGCUGACCACCCAGGACUUCUGUGAGUAUCUGCUGCAGGCUGAAGACCAGGACGACAUGCUGGCAUGGAUCAGGGUCAUCAGAGAGAACAGCAAGACGGAUAACGAGGAGAUCGGUUUCUCCAGACAAGCUCUCAUCAAUAAGAAGCUGAACGACUACAGGAAAAACAGUCUGACGGGCAACAAGCCGGAUUCCUCGCCCAGAGCCCACCGCAUGGUGCCCGACUUCCUCCUGGCUAAAACAGAACAGACGUCAGUGAGCCGAGCGCUCAGAGCCGACGACAACAAGGCUCUGUGGGGAAUAAACCUCAUGAAGAAAACUAAGAAAAGCUGCAGUCCCAAAGCCUUUGGGGUGAGACUGGAGGACUGUCAGCCUGCUGUCAACUAUAAGUUUGUCCCUCGUAUUGUGGAGAUGUGCUGCGGCGUGGUGGAGGCCACGGGUCUGGAGUACACCGGGAUCUACCGCGUCCCCGGGAACAACGCCAUGGUGUCCUGUCUGCAGGAGCACCUGAACAAGGGCCUGGACAUGGACACCGCUGAGGAGAGGUGGCAAGAUCUGAACGUCAUCAGCAGCCUGCUGAAGUCGUUCUUUCGUAAACUGCCGGAGCCUCUGUUCACAGACGAUAAAUAUACCAGCUUCAUUGAGGCCAACCGGAUAGAAGAUGCAGAGGAGAGAUUAACAAGCAUGAAGAAACUGAUCCUCGGCCUGCCAGAUCAUUAUUACCACACCCUCAAGUUCCUGGUGGGUCACCUAAAGAGAGUAGCAGACCACUCAGAGAAGAACAAGAUGGAGCCUAGAAACCUGGCUCUGGUGUUUGGCCCCACCCUGGUGAGGACGUCAGAGGACAACAUGACCGACAUGGUCACCCACAUGCCUGACCGAUACAGAAUAGUGGAGACACUGAUCCUGCAUCAUGACUGGAUCUUCUGUGAUGGAGAACUGGAUCGAGAAGAGAAGACCUCAGAGGACAAAGGGGACGUCCAACCGGUCCCCAACAUCGAUCAUCUGCUGUCCAACAUCGGCAGGCCGGGCAUGCCUGGAGACGCCUCAGAUUCCACCAUCAGCGACUCGGUUAAACUGAAGAUUUCUUCCAGCUCCAAGAAAGACCUGAACGCCAUGGAUUUCCUCCCCAAAUCCAUCAUCUCUGCUGUGACCCGCAAACGUAAAAAAUGUCCCAGCGCUCAUCUGGCGGUCAGCAGCGGCGAUGAAGACUCUGAGCACGAACCGGUCAAGAAUACCAGCUACAGAGAGGGGGGUGGAGGGGGGGCUCAGGAGGCGGCUCAGGGGGAGCGCACCUGCUCCAAAAAGGAGAAGAGACAGGGGGAGGAAGAUGUGGGGAGACCAGCAGAGAGAGGAGGAGGAGGAGGAGGAGAGGAGAUGAAGGACAGGAAGAUCAGGCAGAGAAGCAGUUUGAUCCCCCCCCCUCAGCAGAGUCAUUCCACACACCCCCCACCACAGCUGAAGACUCCCAGUGAGGCCAGAGGACGUCCCAGUAUUCCCUACUGGGUGGCCCCCAGCCGGCCCCCUGCCCUGCAAACGUCCAGCUGCCAGCAGCCAGAACGGAACCAGGCCGUCCGCUACAGGAGAACCAGAGGGGCUCGGACCAGGGCCACCUCCGUCAAUCUGGACCUGGAGCUGGGCCAGCGCGAGGAUUUAGUCAGAGGUCAGAGGGCAGACAGACUUCAGCGUGGCGGGGCCGCAGAGGGAGGCUCAGGGCAGCAGGUCGACCCCCUCCCUACCUUCCCUUCUCCUCCAGGAGCGACGGAGCAGACGUCCUCCUCUGUGGUGUUAAGGAGAUCAGCUCCAGAUGCUCAAGCCAAGAACAGGGCGCUGCGGCGCCACACUGUGGUCAUUUAAAGAAGAAAAAAAACUAAAGUUUACUAACCGACGUCUGCUCACAGGUUUUCCUGCUAAAGCAGGACGGUGAGCCUUCGUUAAUCUCUCCACCCCAGACCUUUACGCCCAAAUAACCAGCUGUUAAAAACAACUUUAUAUAACCUAAGAAAGAGUCCGUGUUCCUAUAUUUAACUAAAACUAAACCAAAAAACAGAAACCCUUAGUGCAACAGAGUCCAUCCAUACUCCUCCACAGGAAGAAGGGAAGCAGAAAGCAUCCUUGCAUCUGAUGCGUGGAUGAACUCACAGGCAGCAGAGGGAAAAUUCAUCUGAAGCUGGAGUUUGUUUGAUUAGAGGUGGAAAGGCGUCAGCGAUGAUGUCGUGAUUCUUGUUCCUCCUCCAAGUUUUAGAGCGGAUCCCCUCAGUGAAACAAACAAGCUCAGAACUUUGAAAAAUAGACUUGCAAACACAAGAAUGACUAUAAACUGAAAAAUGAGACUAGCAAAUUCAAAGGUCACACUAACAUAAGGAGAAAAGCUGCGGUUACAGUAAAUAGAGAUCAACAAAGUGGAAAUGAAAAAAAUGAUGGGUUAAAGAAGCAGCACAGCAGAAGCUCCACUAGGGGGCAAUCAUCAGUGUUAACUCAUA